AUGCAAUUCAAAAACACAAUUAUUCUAGCUGCUGCUGCAUCUCUUGCCCAAGCCGAAGUUGUCCACUUGAGAGUCAAGUCCGACAAUUCUGAAAUCAAUGGCAAUUCUCUUGGUUUCCCACAUUCCGGUGCAGGUAUUAACUACGCCUUCAUGGGUACUGGUGGCCAAACUGAAGCUUUAGAUUACGACGAAUCCGAAGGUACCAUCCAAUCUCCAGAUGCGGGCUCAUUCCCACAAGUCUUGGGUGUUUCUGGUCACUUUGUCGACCUUGGUGUCCUUGAUCCAAAUGGUAAGUGGAGCUUCGAAGGUAACACCUUACAAUUCAACGGUACUGCAGACAACUUCUAUGCUUGUAAGAACACCGGUGAUCCAUACGAUUACUCCUCCAGAUCUUACCAAUUGGUUUACUACACUGAAGAUGCUCCAGAAGGUUGUCUCUCCUUAACAUUAGUCAAGGAUGCCGGCUCAUCUUCUUCAGCUGCUUCUUCAGCAGCUCCAUCCUCCACUGCAGCUCCAUCCAGUUCUGCAGCUCCAUCCGAAUCCGUCUCAAGUGCUACCUUCAUCGACGGUGCUGCCCAAUACGCUCCAGGUGCUUUUGCAGUCGCUGCAGGUUUCGUUGCUGCUCUCUUAUAG